UGCAUAACGAUUUCACGUUUUUGGCGGCAAUAACAAACGCUUCAGUUUGUUUGGAGUGGAGCUUGCAUGCGGAUUUAAGUGUUAGGGUAACCGUCACUUCACAUCAAUUUAUAUAUAUUUUUGGCAAUUUUCUUUUAUCAUUGAAAUAACUUUUAUUGUUCUGCUUCGCAGGUAAAAGAUGAGUUUCUCACCCCUGGAUAAUCGUGAGGGUGAGUCACCCAUAAAUCUCCCAAGAGUCACUAUGUGUUUAGAUGGAGCAUUUCAAGAUGAAUUGAAAGAAGAAGAUCUGCCCAAGAGUGAAAAUAUGAAAGUUUUUGCAAGAGUAAGGCCAAUGUUGCAAAAGGAAGAAGAUGCAGGAUAUAGGGACUGUAUUGCUGCAAUUGAUGAUGAAACUGUCAGAGCUGUUGUUCCAGCUAACUCUGUAAAAUUUAAAAAUUCUGGUCUGAAUCCCCAAGAUGUCUUUGAUUUUAAAUAUACUCAAGCAUUUGGACCCGAUAUUGGACAGUUUGUAUUUUUUGAACAGACUAUCAUGGAUACCAUGGUGGGCCUAAUUGAAGGUCAGAACUGUUUGAUCUUCAAUUAUGGAAUUACUAAUUCUGGAAAGACAUAUACUCUUCAAGGUAACGAAGCAAAUCCAGGAAUUAUUCCUCUGGCUAUGCAUCUAUUUUUUGGUUGUAUUGAAAGUCAGUUAAUGAAUGAUAUUUGUGUGAAACCAGACAAAUUUUCUGAUACCGUUGUAUUAAAUGAUAGUGAACGAACACAAGAAUAUCGUUUGAAGGAAGAACUUCUACGAUUGGUGGACCAUGAUUCUAUUAACAAAACUACUGGAUCUGAAACUUCUAUUAGUAGCAGCAGAUCUUCUAAGCUUUUUUCUCAAGUAUUAUGUGAAUGCUUUCGUGAUGAUUUUAAAUAUCAGUCUGAUACGACUUUGCCUCCUGAUGAAAUGAUUGCAGCUCAAUCAGCUCUGUACAUGCGAGAACAGUGUAAAAAGAAAGUGGAUGAUCAACCUGGCAAAUGUAACAUUUGGGUGUCUUUCAUUGAAAUUUACAAUGAGUAUAUUUAUGAUCUGCUUCAGCCUAACAUUACUCAAAGACAAAAGUUGUCCUUAGCUGAAGAUCAAAAUGGUGAUGUUUACGUUAAAGGUGCCAGAGAAAUCUGUGUAUCAAACAGCAUGGAAGCUAUAAAACUUUUGCAAGUUGGAAGGAGGAAUCUGAGAAUCGCCUCCACUAAAUUGAACUACCAAUCUAGCAGAAGUCACUGCAUAUUUACUGUAAAAAUCGCUAGAGUUUAUGAUGAUGAAGAACAUGGUACUUGUGGAAGAGUAAAUAGAAUAUCUUUCUGUGAUCUGGCUGGCUCUGAACGAGCUAACAAGGCUCAAACUUCAGGUAUGCGACUGAAAGAAGCAGGAUACAUCAACACUUCUUUGAUGGUUUUAGGUCGAUGUUUAGACCAGCUUCGACGAAACCAAACAGCACGGGAUAAGAAAAUGAUUCCUUUCAGAGAAAGUAAAUUGACUCGACUUUUCUCUAAUCAUUUCCUUGGAAAAGGAAAAGCUGUUAUGAUUGCAAAUGCCAGUCCAUGUGAAUAUACAUUUGACGAAACUUUGAAUGUGCUGCGUUUCUCUGCUCUUGCAAAGGAUUUGACAAUCGCCGAUUCAUAUAUUUCAACAGCUCAGAGCUCUAUUCUAGAUAUUUGCAAUCAAUGGCGAACAUCUAAGAAUCGUAAUUCUGGUGUGUCUCCCGAUCAAAGUUGCGAGUUUGACUCUUCAUUUAUGCAAGAACUGGAAGAAAAGGAUGAAAUGAUUGAGAAACUUGUUGAUGUGGCUGAAUCAUUAAGGCUAAAUCUUGAAAAAGAAAGGAAGGAAAAAAUUGAAUUAGAAUUUAAAAUCAGACAAGAAGUGGGUAAUGAAUAUGCAGCAUACAGUGAUGGAUUAUUGGAUGAACAGAAGGAAAUUUUUGAAAGACAAAUUGAAUCACUGAGGGAAAUCUAUACAAAGAGGAUUGAAGCCAUGAAAGAGAUGUAUGAAAAGAAAAUACGUGAGCUUCAGGAAGAAGAUGGAUCUGAAGAUAGUUUUGAAAAGUCAAUCAGUGAAAUAAAUAAAACAUUUGAUAAGUUGGAAGAAGAAUCAUUGAUUAGUUUUUCACCAGCAGUUGGAGCACUCCCUAAACAAGAAGUUCCGAAAGCUGAAGGAAAUGUUUCUGUUACCGUGGAUACAUCUAUGGACUUUUUUGAUGCAGUUGCUGAAGAAGAAGAUGAAAAAUCCACUACUGACAUACAGUCGCUCAAAAAGGAGUUAGAAUCUGUUUCAAAAGAAUUGGAUGUUACUAAAAUAAAAUUGGAACAGACCACAAAAAAUCUGAAAGAAUCUCAAAGUGAAGGAGCAAUUGCUAAAGAAAAGUCUGAUGCAUUGAAUUGUAAAUUACUGGAAGCUAAUCAAGUUUUGGAAGAAUACCAAAAAGAACUUGAACAGUUGAAAGCCAAUUGUGUGUCCUUUGAAAAUGAAAUUGAUUCCUUAUUAGAGGAGAGAAAAAAAUUACAAGAUAAUAUUCUACAUCUUUCUGGUCAAAUUGCCCAAAGUACAACUGAGACUGAGCAGUUAAAGAAAGAAAAAUGUGAAAUGGAAGAAAGUUAUUCUCUAAAGUUGGCAGAAAGUGAACAAAAAAUUGCUGAUUUGGAAGAUAAAUGUAGAGAACUCAGUUGCAAACUUGAAGAGUCUGUUCAAACUAUAGAGGAAGAAAAGAUGAAAUUUAAUAAAUUAGAAGAAGAAUAUGUCUCCUAUAAAAGUAAUGUCACUUCAACUGCUGAAGAAUUCAGUGAUUUGAAAGAAAAAUUCAACUCCUUCUCUCAACAGCUAGCACAAACCGAGAAUGAAGCUGAGCAGCUCAAAAAAGAAAAACUUGAAAUGGAAGAAGACUAUUCUCAGAAAUUGUCAGAAAGUGAAAAAAAAAUUGCUGAUUUAGAAGAAAAAUGUAGAGAAUUAAAUUGCAAACUUGAAGAUGUAGAGAUGAAAUAUAAUAAUUUGAAAGAAGAAUAUGAUAUUUAUAAAAGUGAUACCACUUCAACUUCUGAAGAGUUCAGUGAUUUGAAAGAACAGUUCACAGCCGUCUCUCAACAACUAGCUCAAACUCAGAAUGAAAUUGAACAAUUCAAAAAAGAAAAACUUGAAAUGGAAGAAGACUAUGCUGAAAAAUUGGCAGAAAGUGAGAAAAAAAUUGCUGAUUUAGAAGAAAAAUGUAGCGAAUUGAAUUGCAAACUUGAAGAUGUAGAGAUGAAAUAUAAUAUUUUGAAAGAAGAAUAUGAUAUUUAUAAAAGUGAUACCACUUCAACUUCUGAAGAGUUCAGUGAUUUGAAAGAAAAGUACACUGCCAUCUCUCAACAACUAGCUCAAACUGAGAAAGAAGCUGAACAGCUCAAAAAAGAAAAACUUGAAAUGGAAGAAGGCUAUUGUCGAAAAUUGGCAGAGAGUGAAAAAAAAAUUGCUGAUUUAGAAGAAACAUCUAGUGAAGCGAAUUGUAAACUUGAAGAAUCUGUUCAAAUUCUUAAGGACUUAAAGAUGAAAUAUAAUAAUUUGGAGGAAGAAUAUGAUAUUAAUAAAAGUAAUUCCAGCUCAUCUGCUAAAGAUUUUGAUGAUUUGAAGGCCAAGUUUGCUGAAAUGUCUGAAGAACUAGAGUUAGCUACUAGUGAAAUUGAGUUGCUGAAAAACGAGAAGCUGAGUGCUGAGACUGAUUUUUCAACUGAAAAAAUGAAAUUGAUUGAAGAAAUGACUAUCUUGGAAGAAAAAUGCAAAGAAUUAAAUUUGAAAUCGGAAAAUUUAACCAAGAUUACAGCUGAAGAAAAAUCCAAAUAUGAUGAACUAGAAGCUGAAUAUAUCAAUUAUAAAAAAAAUAUAUGUUCUGAGACUGAAGAUAAGGAAAAUGUGACUGAACAAUUGAGUAUGAUUUCAAAAGAAUUAGAUGUGUCGAAUUUGCAAAUCGAAAAUCUGAGAAAAGAAAAACUUGAAUUGGAAGAAAACUUUGCAAAAGAAAAAGAAACACUUAAUGAAGAAUUGAAAUCUGUGAAUGAAAAGUCAAAAGAGCUUGGUUUAGAGUUGGAGAAGAUUACUGAAAUUCUGAAGGGAAAACAGUCUGAAGUUAGUGAACUAAUGUCCAAGUGUGAUCAUCUAGAAACAGAGAAUGCAAAAUUGUUACAAAACAUAAGAAAUUAUGAAGAAAAUUCUGUUUCUGAAAAAACUGAUGAUACACAUACUGCUAAGAUUGAAGAACUUGAUUCGAAAUUAGAAGAAGUCAAUAAACUUUUGGAAGAAAAACAAUCAAAAAUUGAUCAGUUGGAGAAAGAGUGUUCUUAUCAUAAAAGUGAGAAUGCUGACUUGCUGAAAGCUUUAGAUGCUGAAAAAGAGAAAUAUGCCAAAUUAUUUGAGGAACAAGCAUCAGCUAUCACUGAAGUUGAACAUCUCCAGAAAGAAAUCACUGAAGCUGUGGAUGUGCAUUCAAAGGCUUUAUCUAAUGUAAAAACAGAAGAAGCUAUUGCCCAAGAAAAGUGCAAUGAGUUGCUCACAAAGCUUGAAGAAACUUCUAAAAUGAUUGAAGAUCAGAAAAUUAAGAUUAGUGAAGCGGAAGAAAAUAGCUCCAAAUAUAAGAAUCUGAAUUUGGAACUAUCAGAAAAUUUGACUUCUUUAAAAGAAGAUUAUUCAUCUUUCACCGAAAUAUAUGGUAAAUUGGUUCAAGUUCUUCAAAAGUGUGAACUGUCUGCAACAAAUAAAAUCAAACAAUUGCAUUCUUCUUCCAUAAAGAAUCUGGACCUACUCGUUGAUUUGAGUAGGCAAAUACGAGAAAAGGAAACUAGUAUUGAAGAAUUAGAAAGAGCUUUAUGUGACUGCCAAAAUCAGCUUAAAGAAUCUGAAGCAAAGGCAAAGAAACAAAUGCAUGCACUUAAACAACAGCAUUCUGUUGAGAUUGAAGAAAUGGCACAUUUAAAAAAACUUGUUGAAGAAGAAAACCUACAGUUGAAAUCAACUGUUGCUGAAAUGGAAAAGAAAGAUGAUAAAAAAGAGGGAGAUAAAAUGGAUGAAGAUGUUAAAAAAGAGCAAGAUGAGAUGGAUGAAGAUGUUAAAAAAGAGGAAGAUAAAAAGAAAGAGGAAAAAAUGAAACGAUCAUCUUCUAAUGUGUCGAGGGGUAGGAAAAAGCGUUCUAUAUCUGAUGUUUCUAAGGAAGAAGUUGAUUGUUCACAGGAUAAAGAGAAUUCUGAUCGUGAAUCUCGUAAGGAAAAAGUUAAUGAAGAAAAAGCAACAUCAAAGCGGAGAAGAGUUUUACGGUCAAGACAGGAAACUGCAGAUGAUAAUAAUAGUUCUCACUCAGAGUCCGAAGAGGAAUCUCAUAAAACAAGUAUCAAAAAGAAAGAAGAAAUUGAUGAUGAGUACAAACCGCCUGCUAAAACUGCUACCAGAAGAAAAGCACCAGCCAAAGAGCGAAGUCGACAGACACAAAAAAAAACUACUGUAGAAGAACUAAAGGUUCCUGCUACCCGUACUUCCAGGCGCAAGUUGCAAGAUGAGAAUCAGUCUCCUGUGCAGAAAGCUAUGGCUUUUGUUGGUUCAAAAUUAAGAAGUGUUGUUUUGCAUAUUGCAGCUCAAACGGUUAGCAACAUGCCCAGUCCGAGGAUAACCCGUGGACGCAGAAAGCUUUUUAAUGCUGAUGCCGCUACACCAUUAGAGAGAAAGUGGAAAUUAUAAAGAAUUAGAAGAGGGGACUGCUCUUCACGUCAUUUUUUUAAUUUAAGAAAAAAACUUCAGUGAUUUUGUACUUCAGUGCAUCAUUCAUAUGAACUUUCAUUUUUAUUUCAUAUUGUCGUAUUGAAUAUUUUAUCAAGUUUUUAAAUUACUUAUUUUAUAACAAAAUAAAAAA